AUGGCAGAAACAAUGCAAGCCUGGCAAUGCGCCACCCCAGGAACCUUCGAAUCAGUCUUCCAACUCUCCCAAACUCCCAAACCAACCCCCCAAUCUCUCAAACCCGGCCAAAUCCUCGUCCAAGUCUCUCGCGCAGCGCUCAACCCAGCAGACUACAAGAUCAUCGAACUCGGCAUAACUUCCCGCGCCCUGACAUCCUACCCCAAAACUCCCGGCAUGGACCUCAGCGGUCGCGUAGUCGCUGUAGCACCAGACGUCACUGAUGCGAAAGAAGGUGACCGCAUCCUCGCGCGCGCAAAUCCCCUCAAGGCGUUUGGCUCGUUGGCGGAGUACACGGUUGUUGAUAAGGAGGGGUAUAGUGUUCUUGACGACAAGGUUGAUCUGGAUCAGGCAGCUGGUGUGGGCACUGCUGGACUUACGGCGUAUCAGAGUAUUCAGCCGUAUGUCAAGAGCGGCGAUAAGGUGUUUAUCAAUGGUGGUUCAGGCGGUGUUGGACUUUGGGGUAUUCAGAUCGCCAAGGCUUUGGGAUGCCAUGUUACAGUAUCUUGUUCAACAGGCAAAGCAGAUCUGUGCAAGUCCCUGGGCGCAGACGAUAUCAUCGACUACAAGACCAGCGACGUAAUGACCGAACUCCGCAAGCGCGGCCAAGUCUUCAGCGUCUGCGCCGACAACGUGGGAAACUCACCUCCCGACCUAUACGGUUCAUCCAACGACUUCCUCUUGCCGGGAAGCAGCUACGUCUUCGUCGGUGGCCACGUUUCGCCGCGAAGUUUCCUGAGUUUGUCUACCAACAUCGCGCGACCUUCGUUCUUGGGCGGCGUCAAGACCAAGUUUGUUGCGUACAUGACGGUGAACAAGAGCAAGGAUUUGAACCAGUUGAGGGAUUGGAUGAGUGAGGGCAAGGUAAAGACUAUUGUUGAUUCGACUUUUGGGUUUAAGGAGGCGGAUAAGGCGUUUGAACAGUUGAAGAAGGGAUCUAGUGGGGGUAAGAUUAUCGUCAGGUUUGAGGAGUAG